UUUGCGCAGCGGCCAUGGUUGCGCCGCGCUGUGGGAUCUCCGCGAUCGAGGCGCCGGCGUCUCCUUCCUCGAGCAAUCAACGAUUGCUCUGGCGCCGAUCGAGGUAUGUGUGGGCGGAGGGGAGAUUUUCUAGUGAUUGGAUUUUGGAAAUUUCUAGCUGGGAAGGCAUCGGUUAUGGCAGCAUCGGCAGCAAGAGGCGCCGCAUUUCUUCUCAUGCGAGCGUUUAUGCUGUGUCCGAUUUGCACACCGAUUAUCGAGAGAAUUUGCAGUGGAUCGUGCAGCUGUCGACCAAGUUGCAUCAACGAGAUACUUUGAUCGUGGCGGGCGACGUCUCAGACAACUUGGAGACUUUCAAAGACACUAUGAGGCUGUUGAAGGAAAGGUUUCAUCGCGUCUUCUUUGUUCCUGGGAACCACGAUUUGUGGUGUAGAGGCAAGGAGAACAAGCACCUGGACUCGCUGGGAAAGUUGAGGGAGCUCAAUGCGAUAUGCGAGUCUCUUUGCAUCGACACCAAGCCAGGGAAAGUUUGCGGAGUUUGGAUCGUUCCUCUACUUUCCUGGUAUCACCAGACAUUUGAUAAGGAACGGGACAUAGUCGGCUACAACAUUCCACCUCCCGAAAAGCGCUGCACUGAUUAUCAUGCCUGUAAGUGGCCGGACGAGCUCAAGACUCCUGAUAUAGCACUUGCUGCAUACUUCGAUGAUCUUAACUCUUGCAACCAGCAGUGUCUUACGGAGAUUCGGCACAGCACUGAGCGAGUCAUCACCUUUUCUCACUUCCUUCCCAGACCAGAGCUUUGCCCAGAGAAAAGAAUGCUUUUCUAUCCAAAUCUUCCAAAGGUGAUAGGAUCAGAUUUCCUGGAACGCAGACUGAGGAGCAUCCAUGGUUCCAGUGGAAAUUCCGGAGCUCUCCAUGUGUUUGGGCACACGCAUUUCAGCUGGGACGCUACCGUGCAUGGAAUCAGGUAUCUACAGGCACCAUUGGCUUAUCCCAGGGAACGUCGAAGGCGAGUUUAUGGUGGUGAAUGCUGGCUGCCACUGUGCAUAUGUGACAGCGAAGGUACUCUUCUUCCGAGACCCAUGCCUUGCUACUGGUCGGACUACUAUCGCUUGAACAAGAGGGAUCCAGACAACGUUGUGCUCGCACCGUGGGUAGCAGACUUAUACUGCUUACAAAGGAGCUGAGAACUCCGAGAGCCAAGCUAGAACGAGGUGAGAUACGCUUCCUUCUCUCCUUGGCCUUAAAUACAGAGGGUUCAUGAGCACUGGGCUUCACUCAAGCGCACGUACAAGCAAAGGCCCAGACGCUCAACACCACAGCACCAACAUUCCCAGACGUGGACCCCUUUGUACUACGACCUCGCCAACCAUACUCCUGAUGGUGCUCCUCUCGCAGCUUGCAAUGUCAACCCAAGGUGGUAGGCGUUUCCACGUCGAGGCUGUGGGAGCACAAAGGCCAGCAAUGCGAUACUUUGCAAGCGCCUGGGUUUAUGCUGGAAAUUGGAGAGUGGAUGGAUUCGGCGUCUGGAGACUUGACGAGGGUGGCAGCCUGGUUACUGUUUCUGCGGGGCCGUAACCAAAAUAUUGGAAUGCGAGAGGUGUUUUGGUUUUAUAUGACUUGAACACAAGUAGUUAGAGUCGGUUGGCUGCCGAGCGCAUGGAUAGUUUUGGUGGAGCAGUGGUGUAUCGACCGUCUCUGAGGCCCACGAUGAAAAUUUGGUGCCUUGUUUAUCUAUGAAGAAUUUGCAAUCAUCUUCA